UUCUUGUCAGAUCAAAACAUAUAAUUCAUGUCCCCUCCUCUUCCUCUUCCUCCUCCUCUUCGUCGUUCACCCCUACAGGUCUUGACAAGCAAAUCAGGUCUACCGGUUGAACUCCAGCCAGCACUCGCGACUGCCAUAAAGGCUUAUGGUCUAGGAUGGUCUUUUACAACCGUACCAAGUUUAGUCGCCUGGCUGGUCAAACUCGUCCUAUGUACCAUCAAGCGUGAUCUGAAAGGCGUCAGUAAACUUGCUCGCGCCUUGGGUCCGAUGUUACAGAAAAGUAUAACUAAAAAUGGAAUGCCAGUGAUGAUGACUGGUGUUCUAUCUGGGCACAGCUUUUUGUCGUACGUGUUGUCAAGGAUCCCACAACCCUGGUGGGGGCGAAAACGAGAUCCUUCUGUAUUGCCAAUCAAGACAUUAACAGGCGAAAGGGUGAUGAUGAUAAUCUCAGCAGCAACCACGAUGUUCUUUUGUCGAAGGGCAUUCAAGAUGCACACACUAGAUCUCACCUUGACUGUAUUGACAAGAGCAUUUGAUACGAUCGGAUUUGCAUUCUAUGCAUCUCCAUGGGCAAGCCAUUUACCAGGUUGGAUAUUGGACUAUGGUAGUGUGAUGGCCUUUACUGCAGUCACAGCUGAGGUUUUAUAUACUUGGAUCUAUGAACCCAGCCGACUACCAAGAUCAUAUGCAAAAUGGAUUUCAAAUAUUGGUUCGUUUGAUGAGCGCCUGUUUUUGGUCUUGCGUGGAUUCCAGGACGGUAGUCUUAUGUAUGGUAAAGAUACCGGAAAAAAUAACGUGUUGGAUGGACUAGCCGAUGAUCUUGGCUGCCCACGAGAUCUUUGUAACCCUCUCAAUGGACGUAUACCAUGUUUUGUUGUCCACAAUGGCCAGCAAUAUGGCUGUGAGGUCAAUGCCCUGACCAAAAUUUCCACUGCAUUUUCUAAAGCAUAUCCUCUAUAUUUCAUGGUGCAUGUAGUCCUUCCAUUGUGUAUUAGCAGAAAGCGGCUGCGUGAGGAUCCUGUCGGUACAUUGUCUCACAGUAUCCGUGGAUCUAUACGGUCAACGUCUUUUAUCAGCGCAUUGGUCGGUAUUCUGAUGUAUUCGAUGUGUUUGACAAGAACAAGAAUUGGCCAUCAACUGCUUAGAGCUCCACAGAAGUAUCUCGAUCACUCUUGGGCGCUUGUGAUGUCCUGUACUUUGAGUGGACUGUCUGUAAUGCUGGAAAGCAAGCCUCGACGUGCUGAAAUGGCACUCUAUGUUGCCCCACGUGCCAUGCGAUCAUUAACAGACCGCUGUCUAUCGAUGAUUACUAAGAACAGAUGGUGGGAGGCUGGAGUUGGAGAAAGUAUAGAGACAAUGGUGUUCUCUGUGUCGGUGGCUAUUAUUCUAGAGGCAAUGUACAAGUACGAUUCGCUUGUUCGGUCAUCGACAAAGAGUAUGAUGACUUGGGUUCUCAAGGAGGAGCUAGAAAAGGACAAGAAAUAAUUUAUUAAUUUAUUUCUUUAUUUUACAUUUGUCCAUUAAAAAUCAAAA